AUGCGCGAUAAUGCAGUAUCGCGUAUAGAGAAUCUGCAGAUUUGGCAACAGCAGCUGGUGGUGUUAGACCUUUCGCACAACGACAUUGAGAGCAUGAAUGGAGUGGAAAGACUAAGCAACUUGCAGGCCCUAUCCCUCAGCGCGAACUGCAUUAAAGUUAUGGCUGACAUGAGAAGCCUCAGGAAACUCCAAUUUUUAGACCUCAAACGCAACAAGAUUUCACGCAUUGAGGGUGUCGCUGAGCACCCAAGCUUGCGAGUUCUCUGUUUGUCAGAGAACCGACUCUCGCGUCUCAGCGGAGUGACCAACAUGCCUCAUCUAGUCGAACUUGACUUGCGAGAGAAUCAGAUUCAGAUGCUUGACCCUCUCUACGGCAUGGACCAACUGCGCCGUGUCUUCCUUAGCCAUAACCGCAUUGAGCGUUGGGAGGGUCUCAGUGGCCUCACGAUGGCAACAACAGUGACAGAAGUCACGCUAGAUGGAAACCCACUCUUUGGUUGGCCAGAACAGGCACUGGCCAGUUUCGUUCCCUCGACUACCAGCGCUGACACGAUCGGACACCGGUCUAUGGCUGGAGAUGCGAACAAUCUGCUGUCCGCACGCAGUCUUCAGUCGUCGGGGCGCGAUACCAACACGACUGCCACGAACGUGGAGGCGUCCAAGCCGUCGAAUACAGCCAGUUUGCAGUCCAUAGCAAAGGGUGAUCGAAGCAGUGAUUCGACCACUACGAUCGACUUGGAGGCCAGCGUCUGCGCAAGCAACGUUGGAUCGCCGUCCCACAUUUCGCAUUCUAUCGCACAGGGCGAACCACAAUCCGAGGAUCUCGAACCGGCCUCAAAUAAUUCAUCACCCAGCGUAAAUGAUGAAAGAUCUGACAUUAACUCAGACACAGAGGGCGCAGAUGAAGGGCAGUCCGGGGACCAGAGAUCAUCUCUUUCUCACUCACAACUGAGUUCCUGCAGGGAUACGAUUGACCAGUCUGAGGGUGAGUACAAGGAGUUAGAACGAUCUACUGACGGCCCCAGUGACGAAGAGGAUCAGUACACUCAGAAUGAAGAUGAUGAGGAGGCCACAAAACCGAGCAGAGCCCAGGAGGAAUCUGAAGAUGAUGUGGAUAAGACUUUGGGAGAGACAUCAAAGCUCGCUUCAGAAGAUCGAUCUCCUGUCUCCUCUGAGCCGUCUCAGGAAAUGAAUUCUCCACCGACACAGCAGCCCCCAGAUAUCAAACGAUUUUGUCCGUUGCUAAAACUGGCAGACGCAGCUUGCCUGCGCCGGCUGGAGCUCAAGAGUGACCGAAAACACCUCGUAAUUUGCGGAGGACAUGAUAUACAUGAGGUGGACGAGAACUCCCAGUUCAUACCCGGGCCGCUGGAUUUUCUCCAGAAUAUACUUCAGAAAAGGAGGAACUCGAACACUGUCAAUUUGUGUAACAUAAGGGAAGUGACCAUUUGUGGUUUUCCCUGGCGUGCAGUGGUCAAAGAGCUUAGCAGCCUGCGAAGCACUAUGCCGCAUCUUGAGGCCUUAACUCUCUUGGACAAUGGACUCAAGAGAAUGGGGGAAAUAACCCAGCUUAUCGACCUUAAAUUCCUCAAACGGUUGACUAUCUACGCCAAGACGCCUAAAUCUCCCCGCGAAGCUACAGACUGGCAGGAUCCGGCAGUUCUGCAGUGUACUCCCAAACGUCUGAGUGCCGACGUUUCUGCGGGCUACUCAGAAGACUCUCUUUCAUCGGAGGACUCUAAUCUGCAGGAGAAGGCGAUGGAGAUGUUCCGAGGCUACAGUGUCGCAGUAUCUACCCGAAGUCGGGUCUCUCUUGCAGGUUUUGAGGGCGCAAGAGCGGCACUGUUGGCUCUGGGCUUCAUGUCGACACCGAGGGAGGUCAGAUGUCAUUCCAGACACCCUCUUGCCUCAGCACGAUCGACGGGGAGUUCGAGAGCAGAGACUUCUUCCUACGACCCCCUCUUCACGGGCCGAGCACGCGGCCUAAUGACCGUUCUGGACUCCGCUCACAAACUAGCAAGUGGUGAGGGGGCACCCUACGACUUAUGCCAGACUCUGAAAAUACCCAUCCAGGGUACAAAGUAA